UCCAGGCAGUCCAGCAGGGCGCUAGCACAGGGCGCCAGCACAGGGCGGCAGGGGCGCUCCGACGCCCCCACACGCCUACGCCCUCCGCUCUGCCCCGUACUGCCCCGCACUCGACUCGGCCAGAGCAGGCAGACAGGCAGAGCCUCGCACGCCAGGCCAGCCAUGGCGGCCUCCCCCAGCACCGUCCUCGUCCUGCUCGGCCUGGCGGCCCUGCUGCUCGUCGGCGUGGACGCCCUGCAGCUGUCCACGGCGCGGCCGCGGGGCAUCAAGUCGCCGUCCACGGUGCGGCCGCCCACGCCCCGGACCACGCCCAAGUACAUGAAGGACUUCGAGGACGGCAAGAUGGACGAGGAGGAGUCCGACCCCAUCACGGUGCCGCUCGUGGUGGAGGACCAGAAGGCCCCCACGAAGCCUCCAAAGCCAGCUAAGCCGCCCAAAGCCACAGCCGCCCCGGAGCCGGACGCCAACACCGCGGUCUACAAGCUGCUGGACUCGAGAGGCAACGCCUGCCUCCUGUUCAAGGUGGACGCGCUGCUCGUCUUCAAGUUCAUGACCGUGCACGAGGAGAUGGCGGAGAAGGACGAGUACAUCCCCAACGACGCCACGGUGACGGGCGAGUGCGGCAGCGGCGACGACGCCACCAUGAUCGUGUCGUGGAAGAAGUUCGAGUGGACGACGUACUUCACGAAGACUCCCGGCGGCGAGCGGUGGUACAUCGAGAAGUCCGACCUGUUCGUGGACACGGGCAACACCAAGGUCUUCGAGCACAUCAAGAAUCCCGGGCGCAAGUUCCGACUGAGCACCGGAUCCCGGAACCUGCAGCUGUUCCCCACGCCCGUCGGCAAGUCGUACUCCUGCCGGGACGAGGAGAAGGCCGUGGACAUGAGCUACCAGGACAUCUCCGUGCAGCUGCUGCUCCGGGACGUGCGCGUGCAGCCCUUCAUCUUCAGGAAAGGGGAGUUCGGCCCAGAGUUCGUGUGCACCCCCGGCGGCCAGUCCUUCCGCGACGAGACGGCCCCCAUCGCCGUGGGCAGCACCCUGGCCAUCGUGGUGCUGUGCACCAUCACGGGCUACGGCGCCUUCCGCUACUUCAAGAUCAAGAAGGUGCAGUACGACACCAUGGAGUAGGCGGACGCUCCGCGACCACGACGACGGAAGAAGGGAAGACCGCCGCGGCGCUGGAAUUUGUUUUUCUUUUUGUUUGGGAUGGCUGAGGAGGGAUUCAACAGUUGGCGGGUUGUUCCCUGGGGAAAGUGUACCCCAGACGACAUCCUCUUGACUUGCGCAGUCAGGCACUAUUCCCCGCUGAAAUAUGUUCGACCUUGUUUGUCUUGGAGUCGGCGCGGCGAGCGUCGGACUGGGAGAUUUGUCUCGCAAACUUUACCUACGCAGUAUUCAAAGCCGUUAUUUGGCGGCCUCCAUUGUGGCUUCGGCAGUCUCUCUGCAGUUCCGAUUUCAUUUUUACCUGAUAACUUUUGUGUCAAUUCGCUUGGUAGUCCUGGGAAGUUGGUGCGACGCGUCCCGGCGUCCCGGCGCCCUGGAGGGCGGGAGUGGGAGUGCGCGGGAACGCGCGAGGCGGGAAUUCCCUGCGCUUUUUCUCUUCGUUAGGGAGGAGCGGCAGUGCUGAUGACUUUUUCGCUAUCGGCUUCGCAACCGGUCAAGAGCGUUGGGGGAGUGGAACAGUAAAACAAACAACAACUAUCCACGCGUUUUUUGUUAUUGUUUGUUUUGGUCGUUUGUCAAGGGAUCGAUAAGGCUAUGUGCAUACGUCUCUCGCUUCUAUCUAUCUGGCCGAGUGCUGACUCUUGCAUGCUGCUGCAUGCUCAGUGCUCGGCGCCUCUAGUAUACUGUAUACAGUGAGCGGGGUGGCUCGGGCCGCCGCUAGCGAGCUGGAUUGCCUACCCGCCCCUCGCGCGGCGCGCGGAUCGAAACACCCCGCGCACUUUUGACUACUUAGGAUUCUCAGGGACAAGAAGAGUUAGGAUUAAGGAUCGUGUCCUUUUGGUCACACUGCGGCGCCAGGCUCAGCAAAACGUAGCGUCCUCGGGGCGGCCGACCGUCCUUCAGGAUGCGUGCGGGUCGUCUCCUGGAUAUAGUUUGUAGUGGUUAGCUUAUUUUUACGGACGCGAACGCGGACAAGAAGCCUCGCUGGAGGGACGGAAACCCAAGGAGAGCGGGGUCGGGCAAGGUACUCAAAAUCAGGUCAUUUUCACAUCUCAAUUGACCUAAUUUUGACUUAAGAUGCGUAUUUUGAGGUCCUGUUGACGGCUUUUCUGUUCUCCUUGGGAAGCCACUCCAGCUACGGCCGUGUACAGUGUACAUACGUGUAUAUAGCUCCCUGCCGUGCGGGUCAGUUACGGAUAGAACUUAAGGAUCCGAAGCCGAAGUUUCGGCUGAGAAGAAUACACCUGUGAACAUGAUUACUACAGUAGUGCCAUUGAGACAGAACAGUCCUUUAGGAUUACAGUCUCAAUUAGUUAAGGUCUUUAAGCUAAGGUGGUGAUUUGGGUACCGUUAGGAUUAGGCACCCCUCACGCACUGGUGGUUUCGAGAAACAGCGUGUGGUGCAAUUAAUUUUUAACUAGUGUAACAGUCGAGUCGCCGAAUCGUUUUAUGGUAUUGCGGGUUAAUUGCAUAUUUACUUACUAGUAGUAUAAUUAAUGCAACCUUUUUUUAAGGUUUAAAAGAGCAACUCAGGAAAGUCGUAAAUAAUCGGAUUCAUGACGCGUUCCGCGAUGAAUUCCGGGAUUAAGAGUAAGAACGAGGCGAGUAGCUCCGAACGCCGUCGGGAAGGCAGGCUAACGAGCCGUGCCUCCCCGCUCGGCCGGAGGGAACACGCACGUGCCUUAAGGCUUAUAAUUAAUUUAAAAAUUAAGAUAUAAAUUUAAUAGGCCUCCAUCGCUGAAACGUGUACUCUAGUCGUACCCGCGUAGAUUUAAGUCCCCACUGCAGCUGCCUGCUCUGGGGGGGCCACCUUCGUGUCUUUCCAGUUGCUUCACACGGAUUUUUAUUGCGUGGUUGUGUGAGUGAGGACUGUGGUAGUGUGGUAGGCCGGGGUGGGCUUGCGUUACAUCUUGGGUAUAGCUGCUUGUGCUAUCUGUCUGAUUGCGAGUGAAAGUGAGUGAGAGAGUGCGUGAGUGAGUGAGUGCGUGAGUGAGUGCGUGAGUGUGCGUGUGAAUGCUCGCCUUUAUCUAGGUGACUCUGCUAAUAUUUUUAAAAGAACGAGACGUAUGCACAUAACUUUGGAAGAAAGAACAAUCAACCGAGUGAAUAAACGAAAAUGUCGAUUAGGUUUCGUGUAUGGAGCAAUGGAAGCAGUGCGAGAAGUAGGCCUGACACAUAUUGACCUGGUUGCGGAGUCGAUUCAUCCCAAAUUCUUAACAUUUUGUCUUCUUUCAAGUCUCCUGCAAACUCUCAACUUUUCAGCACGUUUGAAGUAAUUCUAGAAACAGUCAAAUGUCUUCCGCAAAUAUUAUCUAAUGUAAAUAAGUAAUUGUAGACUAAGAUUCCCCUGUAUCAUUAUAUGCGCGUAGCCUAAAGCAACUAACUUGAGUAAGCGGAGUGCCUUCUGCUUUCGUAGGUGUGCAGGAUGUUGGCGUUGCUCUCGGCGGACAACUUGACGUGCCGAGAACACACGAAGGGCAGCACGUUCUUUCGACAAUUUUUGUCGAUGACUUGUUUGAGAGGGAGUGUUUUGAAAGCUUUCAUCUUCUCACUGCGCUUCCUUCUACUUGGCUACAUUUUCCCGCACUGUUCACAUAUCCUGUGCCAAAAUGUAGGCUGUAGACAAGAGAAUAACACAUAUCGUUGCAAUUAGGGACUUCCCGGAAACACACCCCUUUUAGUGUGAAACAACAAGCACAAUUAUUUUGAAGAAAAAAAAUCUCUUAUAAAAAGUAAAAAAAGGAGAGAAAUUGUACACUUUAAAAUUUUGUGUUUACCUAUAAGCAGUCGUGACAUUUUCUGUACUGUUGGGUCCGAGUGGCUGACCAGGUGCCGCAAGGAUUUUUAAAGACUUUCUCCGGAAAGUGGCCAAAAGUGUUGGAAUUGUGUUUCUGGGAACACACCGCGUUUUCAUCUCGUAAUGUCGUCGAGCACCUUAUGACUUUUAUCAUUCGGGCACUCCGCAAAGAAAACUAUAACGAACCUUUCCUCUGAAAAUCAUCUCUGCCUCAUUUCUACCAGCUACAUCGUCUAACUAAGCAUGGACUGAAAAGAUCAAUUAAUAAAAACUACCAUAUCAUACUGGUCUCGCGGCCGUGAUUUCCGCCGCUCGAGCCAGGCGAAGCCAAGCGGGCCCAGAGGAGAUAAUUUUAAGCAAAUUUCUUAAUUUUGUUCGUACUUUAAUGAAAAAGAUGCGAGCCGACAGGGGCGCAUUUUUGUGAUCAUGUUAGAGAAAAAUGAUUGUGUGCGUAAAUGUGAGUGUAUGAGCGCGUAGAUGCGUUUGCGUGCAUGUGUGGUAUGUUGCGGUUUACGAGUUGAGAAUAAUUAUUGUCCCUGCAAGGGUGGGAGAUGGUAAGCAGUGCGUGUUCGAAAAAUAAUAUGUGAGUGUGAGUGUGCAUGAGUGCGCGUCACCAGAAGGGCUGGCAGACAUGCUGCGCGGAGGCUGUGUGCAUGUGUGUUUGUGUAAUCACUUCGUGUGUGUGAUAGCGAGCGUGCAAAUUGUUUCUGUUGUGUUCGUAGUUUGCAGUCAGAUAUUUAAAGAAAAAGUUGGAAAAAGUGACGUUAUGUUGGAGGCGAUAAGAUUGUUUAUUUGAAAAGGUGUGCAAUAAAGCCAGAAACGUCCACA